ACCUCUGGGGUUCACAUGAGAAUGUAGCUGCCCCGUUCUAGAAUUCACGGCGGACCAGACGACACCAUGGGAGAAGCUCCAAAGGUAUGUUUUCAGAUCCCUCUGUUCCUUCCUUGAGCUUGAUUCUACAGUACUGUGUUUUUUAAACAUCCAACAGUACAGGCCUAUAUGUUCAUCUGGUCUUCACUUGUAUGUUCAUAUCUCUGUUCUACUACUGGCACUGGUAUCGGGAACUGAGUACUGUUUACAGUGUUUAUUGACUUACAGUGUUCUGGUCAAAUAUUUUAUCGUAUUAUAAAAUGUAUCAACUAGGAAUGGAGGAAAUUAAAUAGUGGUGUCAAAGCACCCAGUGAAUUCGCCCUGUCAAUCCUUUUCUCUUUGUGUGCUGUGAUUUUAUUACUUUAGUUGCUUGUGUGGCUUUUACGUUGUACAAAAGCAAAGGGCCAAGUUGAAGGCAGAAUGGCUUGUGCCUUGCCAUUAAUCUAAUUACUGUAAUCAGUCGUUACAUGAAUGAGGCAUGAAUAGGUGCCAGUGCUAUUCCAAAUGAAGGCCGGUUAAGCCUUAUAAAGGACAGGCGCACUCAGUUACUCAACCAUUCAGACAAACAAGGUGAACACAAUAUCCACUGUUGCCAAUGAAGGACCCGGAACCAGAGACUGAGUCCAUUUUGAAGGAAAUGCCCUAGAUACUAGAACCUAUGGUAUAUGACUGUGCCACUGAGUUACUGAAUGACAAAAACAGUCUGAAGCUUGACCACUGUAUACAGUGAAAGCUAAAAUAGCUGCCAUUUCCCCAAUUUCAGAAAGACUGUCCUGGUAGUCACUUGGAGAUAAACAAACCUACAGUUCCUGGCACACAAGGGAAGGAACUUUUUAGUAAAAAUUUUAAAAUAUGCUUUUUAUCAUUUUGUUUUGUUUUCAUGGGAAGCCUGUGUAGAUAGCUAGUUUGUCAACAUCCUCAAACUGAUUUUUUUUAAAUACAUGAUCAAGUCAUAGACAUGCUUUCUAACUGCUCUGGCUGUUGAUUGUGUAGCUUUUGUUUUUUGCUCCAGAUCAGACAGUGUACAAUAAUGUACAGUAAGACCCGCAUUUACAGCACCGAUGGCUGAAUAACUUGCUAAAGUAGAUCAGUUAGCAACGAUGACCAGCUGUUUAUUGCCAUUGCCAGCAGUGUAGAUUAGGAAAAAGGCAAAAAGGCACGUCUGUAAUUCACUCCCUAGUUUUACAACAAAAUCUUUCAUGCCCCUUUAUCAUGGAAUUGUUCCUGUGCAAAUGACCAAACGAUCCAAAUGGGCAAAUAAAUCAAUAGUUUAUUUAGGAGAAAGUAUAGGAUUUUUUAACAUGUUAUUUAUCCAGACAAAUCUCGCUUCUUUCCAGGGCUUGCUCUCAGUUCUCCAGAAACUGAAGGGCAGCUCAGAGCAGGAGCUGAGGAUAGUUCUUCUGGGUUUGGACAAUGCUGGCAAGACCACCUUACUCAAGAGUCUCGCAUCUGAGGACGUCAGUACCAUAACACCCACGCAGGGUUUCAACAUAAAGAGUGUGGCCUCUCACGGAAUGAAACUCAAUGUCUGGGACAUUGGAGGGCAAAGAAAAAUCAGAACCUUCUGGAAAAAAUACCUGGAGAAUACAGAUUUACUGAUCUACGUCAUAGAUAGCGCUGACAAAAAGCGAUUUGAGGAGACAGGACUGGAGCUAGCCGAGCUGAUUGAUGAGGAGAACCUGAAAGGAGUUCCAGUACUUAUCUUUGCCAACAAGCAGGACUUGGCUACUGCAUCCCCUGCCAGUGAGAUAGCCGAGGGGCUGAACCUGCACACGUACAGGGACCGGGUCUGGCAGAUCCAGGCCUGCUCGGCUGUGUCUGGAGAAGGAGUGCAGGAUGGCAUGAAUUGGAUCUGUAAUAACCUUGUCAAUCGGAAAAAAUGAGCCUGCCGAGUUGUGUUACGAGUUCUGGAGAAGAGAAGUCCAAACCCUCUAAUGCCCGGUCCUUAACGUGUGGUUAUCCUCCCUUGAUUUGCAUAUAACAUGAGCUAUUUACAUUUUGCACCAUGUAUUUGUGUAUGUGAGUUUCCUUUUUUAUGCGUCAUCUGAAAACAAGUUUAAACACGCGUGAUGAGAUGGUGGCUGUGAAUCUCAAAUGGGAGCUUUGUAACGGAUUGAAGGCAAGGGAAUAUGUAUGUAAAUGUAAAUGUUUGAUGCAAUCCUCUUUCCCUGGACUGAGAAUGGUUCCUGCCAGCGUCUAACGUUAACCCAGGGCAGAGGAGGACGAAGAGCAGACAGGAUCACCGCUAGACCUUUGAUAUGUCUUUGUCAUUACUGUCUUCAUGUAGAGGUAGAUGCAGUAGGCUACUGUAAUUAUGUACAGCAAGUGACUGGUCUUCUGUGGUGUAUUAAACUUUUGACA